CAUCCCCCCCGUCUGGAUUCUCCUCGGGGGGCCGAGCGGGAGGAGGGGCAGUGAAGUGGCUGUCACGGUGUCGCGCGUCCUCCCUUCCGCCGCUGGGGUGUGUGUGUGUGGUGUGUGUGUGUGUGUGCCUGCCUGGAGGGAGUGUGAGCCUGUGCAUGUGUGUGAGCUGUCGGAAGUGUCUUCCACAGACGGGGAGGCGGCCGCCAGCGGUUCCUCCCGGCGGGGCUCGGCUUGGGGAGCAGGAAUAGGAGCGGGAGAGGAGGAGCAGCAGCGGAUCGGCCGGGCCCUGGGAGGGCAUGCAAACCAUGGAGCUGCCCCGCAAAGAUGGAGACACGACGGCGGCGGCGGCGGCGGUGGGAGCGGGGGCGACGGGGGCGGCGGCGGCGGCGGCGGGGGCGCCCCCCCCCAGCGGAGUAGUGGUCCAGGUCCGGGAGAAGAAGGGGCCCCUGCGCGCCGCCAUCCCCUACAUGCCGUUCCCCGUGGCCGUCAUCUGCCUCUUCCUCAACACCUUCGUGCCGGGGCUGGGGACCUUCGUCUCGGCCUUUACGGUGCUGUGCGGGGCCCGGACUGACCUCCCGGACAGACACGUGUGCUGUGUUUUCUGGCUGAACAUGGCCGCGGCGCUGAUCCAGAUCCUGACGGCCAUCGUCAUGGUGGGCUGGAUCAUGAGCAUCUUCUGGGGGAUGGACAUGGUCAUUCUCGCCAGCUACAAGGAGCAGGGCAUUCCGCAGCAGCUGUGAUUGGGGAUUUGGCUGACGGCGAUGAGGCAGGAGCUCCGGAGCAGGAAUGGUGUAGGCAGAUAGGGGGCACAAGGACCUCUCUCCUGUCCCUUUUGGGUUUUCCUGGGUUGGUCCAGUUCCUGGGGGGUUGUUGGACUUAUUUAUUUCAAAAACUGCAUCUGCUUUUCCUCAGCCCGGCCUGAGGGCUGUCUGCGUUUUAUGUUCCAAGACAGUGGGAGAGUGUGAUGGGGG